CAGUGCCUCUGUACGUGCGCAGGCUUGGCCAACAGGCCGAAGGCUGUGUUGAUAGCAGCCGGAGCCAUGGCGUUUGGGCCGGUGCCGGUUUCCCUCCGUUCAGUCUGGUGAGAGGCAUGGGAAGGAACUCGGAACCGCUUGGAUGAAAACAGAGUUCUUUGUCCUUGUGAACCAAGGCAGUCGGCAUAAGGUAGACAAGUUUACUUGAGGGAAUGUACGGAGGCCCUACUAAAGGGGACCGUGCUGAAACUUGGGGGAAGCAGACCCGUUCCUGUAACUUGUCACCCUAGGAGGUGUCUGUGGAAGACAGCAUGAUGUGGAAAUCAUUGCUGAUGGUGGACCUAGGGGCAAUAGGGAGCCGGGCUCCUUGUGUGCUCCCGCUCCUUCUGCCCGCCCUCCGGUAUCGGUCCACUUCAGCUAUCGAUCAGCACCAUGAGCUGGCCCGGGAGAGAUCAAAGACAGUUACCUCCUUCUAUAACCAGUCGGCCAUCGACAUAGCAGCCGAGAAGCCCUCUGUGAGGUUGACGCCCACCACAAUGCUGUAUUCGGGGCGGUCUCAGGAUGGAAGCCACCUGCUGAAAAGUGCCCGUUACCUGCAUCAUGAGCUACCUGUCCGCAUAGCACAUCGCAUCAAAGGUUUUCGGAGUCUCCCCUUCAUUAUGGGCUGCAACCCUACCAUCCUCUGUGUGCAUGAGCUUUACAUUCGAGCUUUCCAGAAACUGAGUGAAUUUCCCCCCAUCACAGACCACGAGUCAGAGGCACAGUAUUGCAAACUGGUCCGGCAACUCCUCGAUGACCACAAAGACAUUGUGACGCUUUUGGCUGAGGGCUUGCGAGAAUGUCGCAAGCACAUACAGGAUGAGAAGCUGAUUCGCUCUUUCCUGGACAAGACGCUCACGUCCCGCCUGGGGAUCCGGAUGCUGGCCACUCACCACCUUGCUUUGCACGAGGACAAGCCCGACUUCGUCGGGAUUAUAUGCACCCGCCUGUCCCCGAAGAAGAUCAUUGAGAAAUGGGUCGAUUUCGCCAGGCGACUGUGCGAGCACAAGUACGGGAAUGCCCCUCGGGUGCGGAUCAACGGGCACGUGGCCGCUCGCUUCCCUUUCAUCCCCAUGCCUCUUGACUACAUCCUUCCGGAGCUGCUCAAAAAUGCCAUGCGAGCCACCAUGGAGUCUCACCUGGACACGCCCUACAAUGUGCCAGACAUUGUCAUCACCAUUGCCAACAAUGACAUUGAUUUGAUCAUAAGGAUUUCCGAUCGAGGCGCGGGAAUCCCUCAUGACCACGUCGACAAGGUGACCGAUUAUCACUUCACCACCGCCGAAGCCAGUGCCCAGGACCCACGCAUAAACACUCUGUUUGGCAACAUGGUCGAAAUGGGCAACAGCGCCCAAUCAGGGCCCAUGCAUGGGUUUGGCUUUGGGCUGCCAACCUCCCGUGCCUACGCUGAAUACCUGGGCGGCUCUCUGACCCUCCAGUCCCUGCAGGGCAUCGGCACAGACGUCUACCUUCGCCUCAAGCACAUCGACGGCAAAGGGGAGAGUUUCCGCAUCUAGAAGGCCCUCUCUUGAUGGGCCGAGCCCCUCUCAGCUGCUGGACAAAGUUUUCAUCUAUACGCCCAGCCCAGUCGUUCAGGAGUUCUUGUCCUUCUACGGGCUUCUAAGAAUGCUACUCUCCCGAAGAUCUUCUCCCUUGGAUAUUUGGACACACCUCUUUCCGGUGUGGCUCCUGAGAGAGCAUCAUCACUUGCUGGUAAUUCCAGCUCUCUGUUAGGACACGCUCUGUGGUUCGCAGUCCAGAUCUCUGAGGAAGCCUGUGGACAAACCCGUUCUCUCCUUGCCUUAAACGGGUUUCUUUAAAGCCACAAAACGGCACUGGAGGAGACCAAAAUCAUUGUUUGACGUUCCUCCAUAUGCUAGCAGCUCCUUCCAGGCUUGUAUCACUGUAUGUUCGCACCUCAUUUGCUCCUCUUGGGGCUCUUUUUGGAACCGAAAAGAAAGACUUGUCUUGAAUUUGAGGUGCCUCGAUUUUUCCUCUUACUGCAUCAUUCUCUGGGGAGGAUUUCUUCUGCGGCAUCCUGGCUGGGAAACCAAAAUGUACACAACAGCCUUUAGGAGGGGGAAGGCCGGUUGUGUUGCGAACUGCACUGAAACACCCCCGGCUUGAGUGGGAAAGGCUGCCACCACGCCAAAAUGGUACCUCCAUCGCGCAUUGUGUGAGUGGAUUCCGGAACAUUCUCCCGCCUUCCCUACACGGUUACAUGGUUUUAUCUCCAGUCUCUCUCUCACAACUCAAUCUUUGUGCUGCCGUGAACUCGUUGGGUUUUUUUUUAUUACAGGAACGAGGGGUUUCUCUCUUUCUUCCCACCACCCUUUGGAGGGAAGUGGUUACAAGACGGAUUCACUUUUUUUUUUUUUUGCUGUGAUAAACUCCAAUAAAAAGCUCAGAUUCCAA